AUGGAAGCCGGUUUACUCAGGAAGAGUCUCAGCGUAAGAGAAAGGAAACACCCACACGAUGACGGUUAUAUUGAAACCAGUUUACCACCCAAGAGACAUUCAAACCAUAACGAAUCGAAGAAACAUCAAAAUGAAGACGAUGAAUGUUCUGUUACAUUAUCUGUUUGCCUCAUCACCUUUAUCGUCGUCACUGGCUCUUUCUGCGUCGGUUGUGGUGUGGGUUAUUCAUCAGUUGCACAACAUGGAAUUGUCAGUGAUUUAUCUCUAUCUGUUGCAGAAUACUCGAUGUUCGGGUCAAUGUUGACGUUAGGAGGACUCAUCGGUGCAGUAUUUAGCGGUAAAAUCUCUGACGUUUUAGGAAGAAAACGGACAAUGUUAUCUUGCGAAGUCUUCUGCGCAGUAGGCUGGCUCUGUAUCGCAAUGGCUCAGGAUGCAUUGUGGCUGGAUUGUGGAAGAUUACUACUUGGAAUUGGCGUUGGUAUCUUCAGCUACGUGAUCCCCGUAUAUAUCGCGGAAAUAGCACCAAAACAUGUUCGAGGAUCGUUCGUGUUUGCUAAUCAGCUAUUGCAAAAUUGCGGGCUUUCACUAUUUUUCAUCAUUGGAAAUUUUAUAUCUUGGAGGAUGCUAUCUAUAGUUGGUAUGGUUCCAUGUGUUCUUCACGUUAUUGGUCUAUUCUUCAUUCCCGAGUCUCCAAGAUGGUUGGCAAAAUGUGGUCGUGAUAAAGAAUGCAGAGCUGCCCUACAACAACUUAGAGGCCAUGACGUGGAUAUUUCAAUUGAAGCUAACGCAAUCAGAGAUACGAUGGAAUUUUCCAAACAAAGCGGUGAAACACAUAUUAUGGAACUGUUCCAGAAACGAUAUGUAUAUCCGUUAAUUAUCGGAGUCGGUUUGAUGCUCUUGCAACAAUUAUCUGGUAGCUCAGGAGUUAUCUACUAUGCUAGUAGCCUUUACGAAAGAGGAGGUUUCCCUAGUGCUAUUGGCACAUCUGUAAUGGCCACAAUUAUGAUACCAAAAGCGAUGAUUGGAACAAUCAUUGUCGAUAAAAUGGGAAGAAGAACUCUCCUUAUGGCUUCUUGUGCAGGAAUGGGCCUAUUUUCUCUGCUCUUAAGUGUUUCCUACAGUUUUCAGUCAUUCGGCGUUCUACCACAACUCACUCCUAUUUUCACAUGCAUCAGCAUACUGAUAUUUCCGAUGAACGUAAAAGUAUCAGCCGGAACCUUGGUUACCGUCACAAACUGGGCAUGUGGUUGGAUUAUCACUUUCACCUUCAAUUUUUUAAUGCAGUGGAAUGCAGCAGGAACAUUUUUAAUUUUCUCCACCGUUUCGGCCAUGUCGAUUAUGUUUAUCUAUUUCUUGGUGCCCGAGACCAAAGGAAGGUCACUCGAAGAAAUACAAGCAUUGCUUUCGAGUUAUGUGCUUUGA